CGGCAGACACUAGGCAGAGAUCGCACAUGACAUGUCAGUUUGGAAUGACAAAAACAGAACAUGGAUACGUAAAGGUCCUAGAUACGCCCGACAUCCUGGCCCCAAAACUAAGAGAGGAGUCUAAAGCUACAGAAGAAAUCCAGAAGUGGAAGACGAUGUGUCCUGAUCCACAUCUGAUCCUGCUGGCCAUUCGCUGUGACUCCCAUGAUCUUGACGCUGAUGUGAUGAGAUUCAACAAAUUCAGAAGGUUGUGGGGAGACAAUCUCAGAAGACGCCUUGUGGUGCUCUUCACAUUUGGAGACAAACUACAAAAGGACAUCGACGAGCUUCUGGCUCGUUCUCAUCCUACUCUUCAGGACAUUUUGGACGGCACUGGACAUCGUUACGUCAUCUUUGACAGUUCACUCGGUGCAAGCAAACAAGAUGGCCGUGUUCACCAAGUGUUUAACUUUGUUAAUGAGUUCAGUAAGUUAAAGUCUAAUAAAAUCAUCUAACAUCAGAACUGUUUUAUAUACUAGUGUGUUAUUCAUACGCACGAGAAAAAGAAAGAUUUACAGGAAAAUUUCUUUUUAUUUAAACAAACAAACAAACAAAC